AUGCUCCCUGAGGCGACCGCGGCGGCGAUUGCGGGGGUGACGACCUCGGCCCGCGCGGACUCCCCCGCCACCCCCGCCGGCGCUCCACCGCUGACCGGCGCCGCCUUCUUCCCGCUCCUCCGGCCCCCGUCCCCUCGCCCCGUCUCGCUGUCCUCCCCUCCCCUGCCCCCAUCCGCCGCCGGUGCGAUGCGCGCCGGUUGCUGGGCUGACUGGGCUGCCGAGGAAGACCGGCUGGACGCCGCAGCCGCGGCUGCUGGUCUCCCCCGGCCCCCGCGUCGCUUUGGUGAUCUGUUGGCGGCGGCAGUGGAGUCCACCGAGACCGCCCUGGACCUGGAGGCGAUCACCGCUUUGCUUGACGAGGCGGCGACCCUUCCUCCUGGCGCUGUCAUCCCGAUCUUCAUGGAGGCGCAGGUCUCCUCCCCGGACGGCGGCAUCAGCGACACGAGUAGCGUGGGGAUGGAGGUCAUCCCCGCAUCCUCGCCUCGGCACACCUCCCCGGCUCCGGCGCUGGAUCACCCUACCGGCGAGCCCUUCCCUCCCCCGGCCAUGCCCACGCCGACGGGAACUGCUCCAGCCACGACGGCUAUGGAGGUGGCCGCUCCUCCUCGCCCUCCUCCAGCCAAGAGGCGCCCUCGAUCGGCCUCGACUCCUGUGUUGUCGGCGCGGAAGAUCGCGCGGCUUGGCUCGGUGUCGCUCCUGGAGGGCCCUCUCCCAAUGCUGUGGAGAAGGCUUCGUGCGCACCGUGCGGCGGCGCAGAACCUUGAUGCAGGUCCGUCCUCCCAUCCCUCCCCCAUUAUUUUCAGUGAUGGUGAUGAUGUAAUUGAGGAUAACUCCUAUUUGGCCCUUGCGGGAGUUCCUUUGGGUCACCUUGCGAAGGUGGCGGCGGACUCUGCCAUUGUUUUUCGUGGGGAGAAGGGUCCUCCUUUAGAGCAGAUCGCGUCCCUCCAGGCCAAUGAGGUCCUGGAGGGCCGUCUUGCGGCCGCUAGGGCUCGUCAGGCGGUAGCGGGUGAUGAGGAGGCACCUCCGACCCCUCGUCCGGCAGGUAGAAGGGUCCAUCCGGACCUGGCCCCCGACGAGGUUCGUGGUAGGACCCGCUCGCGCACAGCUCAGUUGCAUCGUACACUGAGUGCCACCACUACAAUGGGGUCCCGGGAGGACCCCCUGGGCGAGUAA